AUGACCGAGCGCCCCGCCAAGCGGGGUCCGAAAGACCGCUGGAGCCGAGGCCGGAGCCCUUGCUCCCUUUGCGCGGAGCUCUUCCUGGCGAUGGCGGCCAUUGCCCUGCUGGCCCUUGCGCGGUUCCUCACCUCCGACCUCCAGGCCCGGGAGUUCGAGGCCAAGCACCAUGUGCAGCAGACCAUGCCCGUGCGCCUGCCGGACUGCGCGGAGUUUCUGCCGGACUGCGCGGUGGAGCUGGUGAGCUCUCGCCCCAAAAGCCCCAGCUGCGUGAAAGGCUUGACCUACGGCUGCGAGUCCGACGCCUUGGAGACGGGCCGCAUGGGGGUCUGGACGGUGAUGGGCUGCUGGGGCACCUUCCGCCUCAAGGGCCAAGAAGGUGAGCACGUGGUCACGUGCACCAGCGGGCAAAAUGGCAAGCCGGUCUCCUGCCCAGUGCCGGACCCCUCCUGCGAAAACACGCCGGAGUCCGAGCGAGUGCCGUGCGGCUGGUCGAGCAUCUCCGGCCGAGCCUGCCUGAGGAAAGGCUGCUGCUUCGAGCCCACCCGCUUUGGGCCCAAGUGUUUCCAGAAGGGCCGGCGCCUGCGCCUCGGGAUGGGCAGUUCCAGCCCGCUCAUGAGCGCUUCCUCGCUGAUGAGCCUGCUCCGGUCCGGCCAGGGCGGGGUGCGGCGCCUGGACGCCACCUUCGCAGUGGCCGGCGAGGGCAAGGAGCAGUUCGCGCAGUGGCUGCGCGCCUCAGACCACCCCUGGGCCCCGCGCAUCCGGCUCUUUGACACGGGCGAGGACGUGGAGCAACAUCUGCGGUCGGAUUCCUACCCGCAGCGCAGCGAGAACUCCUCUGAGAUGCUUUGCGGCGCGGUGGUCUUUGAAACGCCGCCCUGGGGGCCCAAGGCGGAGUACUCCCUGCGCUUCAAUCAGAGCUUAGGCUACGACCCCAACCUGCCGCAGCUGGCGUCGCUGUUCCGCAGCAAGCUCACCACCAAGGGCCUGGUGGAGCCCCCCAAGGGGGGGCAGCCGCAGCUCUUCGACGCCAGCGGGCUCACCUGGUACGCCCAGAGCGGGUUUCUGGCCCUCCAGCGCACCGUGGACACCUUCCUAGAGCGCUGUCAGGCACCAGACCAGGACGUGGAGCCGAAGUUCGGGAAUCAUUGGAUGGGCGAGGAUGGGCGGCCACACCUCGUCGUGCCCUUCCCGAGCCCAAAGUGGUCCCUGGACAUCUUCGCCACGGCGAUCCCCCAGCUGCUGGCAGGCUUCCUGCUCAUCUCCCUGGCCUACCCCGUGAAUCGCAUGAUCACCGGGGUCGUCAUGGAGCGCGAGGCUCGCUUGAGGGAAGGCAUGCGCAUGAUGGGCAUGGGCAGCAGUGCCUUCUACGCCUCCUGGGUCGUGACCUACGUGCUGCUGUACCUCUUCGUGGUUUCUGGGGUGGUGCUGCUGCUUUGCAGGGGCCAAAUCCUUCCACGCAGCAGCCCCUCCCUGCUCUUCAUGUGGCUCAUGCUCUUCGCCUUGGCUUCCAUGGCCUACGGCCUGGUGAUCACCACCUUCUUCAGCCGCGCCAAGACGGCGGCCACGGUGGGGUCCAUCUUCUUCUAUACCACCAGCUUCCUGAAGUACCUGGCGACGUCUCGGCCCUGGGCGCUGGCGUUGUCGCUGCUGCCCCCCGUGGCCUUCGAGCUGGGCGGCGACCUCGUGGCCGGGCUGGAGGGGCAGCAGGUGGGCGUGGUUUGGAGCAAUGCGGGGGUGAGUUACCACGACUACUCCCUCCAAGAGAGUUGCCUCAUGCUGGCGGCGGACACGGUGCUGCUCUUUCUGCUCUUCCUCUACUUGGACCAAGUGAUGCCCAGGGAGGUGGGCCUGCAGAGGCCCUGGUAUUUCCCACUGCAGAUCUCCUUCUGGGUGGGCCACAAGGAAUCCGUGGAGGCUCCACCUGAGCCCACCUCCCCCGAGCGCAGCGAGGUGCAUGCGUUGGUGGAGCACGACACUGGGGAGGAUUUCUGCCGAAUUGGCGAGCUCACCGAUCCGGGGGAGAAUUCUAACAACGGCAAGAGCUUGGGCUGA